GUAAAAUUUGAUACUCUUCCGAUGUAAGUGAAACACAGUUGUGACAUAGCUAGGUGCCUUAGGAGGUACCCAACCUAUACGUGUUGCCCCGCCGCCCGCAUUACCGCAUCACUUCACCCCGCGCCGUUAAUCCCGUCGCUAUAUAAUACACGCAUACUAACAACGAAACUUCUUGGCGUAGUUAGCAUCAGUAUACCUUCGUUUCUUCUUCCAGUCUCCAGUCUCCGGACAGACUCUCAAGAGAAGAUGCCUCAAGCAGUUUCUUUGCCCACCUGGGCUGCCCUAGAGGAGCACUACAAGACCGUUGGCAAGACCUUUGUCUUGAAGGAGGCCUUCGCCUCUGACCCAUCCCGUUUCGAAAAAUUCAGCAAGACCUUCAGCAAUAGCGGCACAGAUAUUCUGUUCGAUUUCAGCAAGAACCUCAUCACUGAAGAGACGAUUAACCUACUAGUAAAGCUCGCAGAGGAUGCUGGCCUCGAGAAGAAACGCGAUGCUAUGUUUGCAGGUGAGAAGAUCAACUUCACCGAGCAACGAGCAGUCUACCACACGGCAUUACGAAACGUGGGCGGCUGGGAGAUGAAGGUGGAGGGACAAGAUGUCAUGAACGUCAAGGGCGGCGUAAACGAAGUCUUGCAGCACAUGAAGGAAUUCUCCGAGCAGGUCAGGAGCGGGGAGUGGAAGGGAUUCACUGGGAAGAAGCUAACUACUAUUAUCAACAUCGGCAUUGGUGGUUCUGACCUAGGGCCUGUUAUGGUUACCGAAGCUCUAAAACACUAUGGUGCUAAGGACACGACGCUUCACUUCGUUUCCAACAUCGACGGCACCCACAUGGCUGAAGCCCUUGCUAACUCCGACCCUGAGACAACUCUCUUCCUUGUCGCCUCCAAGACUUUUACCACCGCCGAGACUACUACGAACGCGAACACCGCAAAAUCGUGGUUUCUCGAAAAGACCGGCGGCAAGGGCGAAAUUGCCAAGCACUUCGUCGCCCUAUCUACCAACGAGACCGAAGUCACCAAAUUCGGUAUCGACAGCAAGAACAUGUUCGGCUUUGAGAGCUGGGUCGGCGGUCGAUAUUCAGUCUGGAGUGCCAUCGGCCUUAGCGUCGCUCUAUAUAUCGGCUACGACAACUUCCACAAGUUCUUGUCCGGUGCGCACGCAAUGGACAAGCACUUCCGUGAAACCCCUCUUAAGGACAACAUUCCCGUCCUCGGUGGUCUAUUGAGCGUUUGGUAUAGCGAUUUCUUUGCCGCGCAAACACAUUUAGUUGCUCCCUUUGACCAAUACUUGCACCGCUUCCCUGCAUACCUGCAGCAACUUUCUAUGGAAUCAAACGGCAAGACCAUCACCUCGGACGGCUCGCCUGCCAAGUACACCACUGGUCCUAUCCUCUUUGGUGAACCUUGCACCAACGCCCAGCACUCAUUCUUCCAACUCGUCCACCAAGGUACCAAGUUGAUUCCCACCGACUUCAUUCUCGCGGCCAAGUCCCACAACCCAAUCUCCAAUAACCUGCACCAAAAGAUGCUGGCAUCCAACUACUUUGCGCAAGCUGAGGCUCUCAUGAUCGGCAAGACACCUGAGCAGGUCAAGAGCGAAGGUACACCUGAUGAGCUUGUACCUCAUAAGGUCUUCCUGGGCAACCGACCCACUACAAGCAUCUUAGUGAGUGAUGUAAUUGGACCUGCAGAAUUAGGUGCUCUCAUUGUCUAUUAUGAACACCUAACUUUCACUGAGGGGGCAAUUUGGGAUAUCAACUCCUUCGACCAGUGGGGUGUUGAGUUGGGCAAGGUCCUCGCCAAGAAGAUUCUCCAGGAGCUAGAUGAGCCUGGAAAUAGCAAAGGUCACGACGCUAGCACGGGUAGCCUCAUCAGCGCGUUCAAGAAAUUUGCAAGCGCUUGAAGGUCAGAGCCGACUUGGCGUCUAGGGAAAGAAUCUAGACUCUGAGUCAUUAUAGCAGGCGGUACGACGUGUUCAGGUAAUACGCUGGGGUGGGUCUCAGACUGUCUCGUCCGAGUUGCUAGGAAAGUGACAUAAGUCAUUAUAAGUAAUAGACACAAAUAUCAAAUAUGGAAUCCAUUAAUAAAAACGUGCCGCUCGAAGUGUUUGCGAUGAGCGUAUUAGGGUUAAACUUUUCAAGAGUAUUGUUACAUGAUAGGUACAUAAGUAUCAAUGUGCUUUAAAAUAGGGGUGAUUGAAUGAGUACAAGUAAUGAGAAACUCAACCAAGUAGCUACCGUCAGGAUUCUAGAUGAGAGAUCUUGAACAAGGAACAUGUUCAGUACCUA